CAACAAUUUAUACCCCCAAAAACCUAAAACAGAGUCUUAUCAUCAUCAUCAUCUUCACCAUAACCCUUUUUCUUUACAUGCGAAUGUAAAAAACUCCAUUAAAAAAAGACCAAAAAAACCAUGGCCAACAACACCAACAAGAAACUGAAACAUCACCGGAACCAAGAUUCCGACGACGGUAAUCCCGAAGUUUGGGCAACGAUAGACAAGAGUUUCAAGCAAGUCCAAUCGGUUUUAGACCGGAACCGGAUGUUGAUCCAGCAAGUCAACGAGAAUCAUCAAUCGAAGAUCCACGACAACAUGGUGAAGAACGUAGCAUUAAUUCAAGAACUUAACGGGAACAUAUCAAAGGUUGUUUCACUUUACUCCGAUUUGUCUUCAAAUUUCUCUACUGCUUUUCAGCAACAACAUAGCAAUGAACAUCCCAAAGAAGGUUGAAAGCUUGUCAUUGAGAAUUAAAAAAAGGGAAAAUAAUGAUAAUAUUAAUAAAAAAGGGUCUAAAGUACUCUUAAAUCUUUUAUAUAUUUAUGUUUAUUUGUUGUAGUUUGGUGUCUAGAUUUUAUGUUUUUAGAUAAAUUGGUUUCUGGUUUUUUUGUGUUUUAAGAACAUGAUGUGUUGGAUUUUUUAGGGUGUUGAUGUUGGGAUUUUAUGUUUCUGUUUUACUAUGUGGUUUAUAAAAGUAUCUUUUUAUUUAAAA